AAUAUAUUGUACUUYCUCCUGUGUGGCUGUUACUAGUGAAAAUUUAACUGUACCAAGACGCAAUGUGGCUAGUUUUUUAUUGGGCUAAGGAAAUUCAUACAGAAUAACUUCGAUAAAGCUCAUAAACCAAAAUAUCCAGCAACAAGGAAAAUUCGUAUCGUUACAAGUAAAAGGAAUGUUCUACUGCCUUCUGCGCAUUGACUAAUGGGCAAUACCGCUGACACCAUCCAAGUGAUCUUAACAGUCAUAGUAAUGUUUUUAACCUUAUUUGGUAAUGCAUCCAUAUUUUAUAUUAUUUUUCGAGUUCGACGACUUCACUGUCCUUCUGGAUUCUUAUUGGCUAAUUUAGCAGUGACUGACAUUUUGGUUGCUUUGACUUUACUUCCAUUUCGAAUACCCGGCAUCCUCCAUGARAAGUUUGUUUUCAAAGAGAGUGGUUGCACUGCUAUUGGAUUUCUGCAGAAUUCUUUGAGUUUUGCAUCAGUUUUUACACUAUUGGCUGUUAGUAUUGAUAGAUAUUUAGCCAUUGUUCUCCCUUUACGUUACAAGUCAUUUGUGACCGCAAMAAAGACUGCAAUUUCUAUCCUAUGUAUCUGGGCUUAUUCCCUGUUCUCAGCMUGUUAUCCAUUCUUUGGAUGGGGAAGAUAUACCUUUAUGCGUGGUCUUUGGCUCUGUGAGACUGACUACCUUGUUCUCUCAAGYUUCACCUACUUCAAACUCUGCAAUAUUUAUUUUCUACCUUUGAUGAUCAUCUCUUACUUGUACGCUAAAAUCUUCCGUGUGUCGCGGCGACAUUCCAAGCAAAUACGACGMGAAGUUGAAGCCAUGGUUUUUCGAGAAUCUUCCACGGUUGUCUCRGUGGAUACAGCUGUUGGCAAAAUUCAGGACGUGUCUGGUCAAUUCUGUCUAAGAAAACCUCAUUCAGCYAUGAAGUCAGAGAUCAGGACAGCAUUCACUUUAGGCUUUGUCGUAGGCGUGCUAUUCCUGUCGUGGACACCCUAUAUUGGGUUGAGCAUAUUGUCAACUUUCACGAGAGAAAACAAUAAUAUCCUUGCAAUAGAAAUAUCGACGUUUUUGUAUUACAUGAACGGAAUGAUAAACCCAUAUCUCUAUGGAUAUCUCAAUCGAACAAUAAAAGGUCAACUGAGAAAAUAUUACAAUAACUUUGUGGAAAAAUCGAUCCGUUUGCGAAAGAACAGGGUUAAUCCAGCCAUAAUAGUCAUUACACCGAAGGAGUAAAUAUCGCUAACUAGAAUAACUUCAAUAGUCUCAAACAAAGGGGACGUCAAGUGUAUAAUAUUCCGCCAUUUUUUACAUGUAAGUGAAUUUAUUUCAUUUAACCACAGGGAACCCGGCUUUCGGAACUUUAUGAUUUCCUUUUUAUGAGUAGUUAAUUCGGUCGCUCUUAAUGGAUUUGAGAUCGGUUUACGGUUACUUAAGAUGUAAUUGUAGAUCUGGACUGGUGGAUAUUGCUCUUUAUGGGUUGUUCUGCGUACCCAUCAAUUUACAGUCAAGAUCAGUUAACAGCUUCAUGUAUCAUUCGAUCUCAAACCGCAGGACCCAUAAAGAUCAAAGUUACCAUUUUUACUAAAAGAAAAAUCUAGAUCGAUAUAAAUAUGGUAACGAAUUUGACUAAAUAUUGUUCUGGACUAACUAUUUCAAAUUGGUCGGCAUAUUUGAACCAGGUUGUCUCUAGACUGCAAGUAGUCCCACUUUUACACCUUACCAGAAACGACGAGUGUCYARGGAUUGCUUUGUACUCCACAKRAAUCCUAAAACACUCGUCUUUACUGAGUCUGGAGAGAGAAGUGGGACUACUCGCAGUCUAGGCUGUCUCCGAAAGCCGGGUUCCCUGUGRUUUAACUUGAAUUUUGAACUAUAUUUAAAUGAGCAAAACAACACACAAAUAAGUAUUUUAAAUGCACUAUACUGCACAGAAACGAAACAUGRCGACCAAUUUGAAUAACUAUUGUUCUAC